AUGAGGUACUCCUACGCGUCCACCUCCCAGACCGUGAACGAUGACGGGAACAUCGGGAUCGACAAUUCACCGACCUGCGCCGGCUCCUCUGCUGAUGACCAUGUGGAAAAAACAGCAGCUCUGGCGGCACUGGCGGGGGGCGGGGCCACAGACUGCGCUGCUGGAAGUUCAAUAGGCACUCCGCUCACCGCUCUGGAAACAGCGCCCCCCGCUGCAUGCCCGAGGGAAUCGCUGAUUGAAGCGCAACAAGCUGAUCGCAAGCCGGCGCCCCCGUCGAGAACGCCGGCAAGAGGACCGAUGGGGAAGAUAAGCUUGUUACCUGCCCACAAACAGCGCCUGGACCGGAGGUUCCAGGAACGGCAGGGGCACCAGCUCAGGACCGGUGACACCUCCAGCUCUGCACUGCACUCACCUCCCUGCACAAUGCUGACCCUGCUGUGCCUGUGCCUGCUCCUGGGCUCCUCCAUGGCCUCUAGUGUGCAGUCCCGUAUGUCUUCCUUCGUGGGGGAGCACGGCGCAGGAGGGGGCACCGCAUUUUCCUUCUCCUCUGAGCAGCUAAAAGGACCAAUCACAGGCCUGCGAGUGCGGGAGAACCCGAGUCACAUCUUAGGGCUCCAGUUCCAGUAUGGUGGCACCUGGGGACCUUAUUACGGGAACCCAUCAGGAACGCUCUAUGAGAUCUUACUCUAUCGGGGGGAGAACAUUGUACAAGUGUCCGGGAAGGUGGCCUCCUACGUAAACGAGCUGAUCUUCAUCACAAACCGCGGGAGAAUGCUUAAAUUUGGUCAACCCUCCGGCAACAGCUUCAAUGAUUUCCCCCUGUAUGACGGCACCGUCCUCCGCUAUGUGAGUGGCCGGUAUUCAUCCGUCAUACACAGCAUUGGUUUCCACUGGGGGGUCAGUCCAAGUUGUGUCAACUGCAAAGAAGAGUCCAAAUGA